CUAUAUAUAAAAAAAGCCCUAGGAUUUUCGUUUCUUUUUGUAUAAAAUGGAAUUCGUAGGCACUCUAUACGUUUCAUGAAUCAUGAAAUAUAUAUAAAUUGAGAUUAAAUAUAAAAUUGAAUGUUGACCGUGGAACAGAACAAGUGUUGAAAGAAGUGUGUUUGCAGCAUGGUCUUAUCAUAGAGCCAAUAGUUGGAAUUAGCAGAAUAUCGUAUAAUAUCCACUAUCAUGUAAAGCAUUUUUAUAAUCCCUUUUUUUCUUUCUCGGUUUCUAAUGCAAUCUUCUAUCCGAUAACAUAUAUUAAUAUUCGGAUAGUGUCUCUCCACCGAUAUACAUACGAAACUACGAAAAAAGAAAAUUAGAAAUUCAUCGAUUUGAUCAAACUCUACAAACAUUUAAGAUUACUGAUAUACAUAUCAACAAAACAUCUUGCAUAAAAUUUCUAUCAUAUUAAUACUAUUAUUAUUAAUUAUUAGUAUCUUUUUUGUUAUUGUAAAGUUCUAGGUUAAGAUCCGUACAUCUGCGUGAGCCGGGGACCAGAACAAGAUAAACGUAGUCUCCUCUCCAAAGUGUCGAAUUAAUGUGACCCAUGACCACAAUUUUUUGAACGAACCCUAUCUUCAACAAAUUCUUGGGUUUUUAUUGUAUUAGAAAUGUGAAUCAUACAUAUUUAUCUUCUUCUUAGACUAUUCUUUUAAGCCAAAAAAAUGAAUUACUAAAAAAUAGUAGAAAAUAUAUCAUUCAACCUAGCAAGAAACCAUAGCUGAAGUAGCCGCGAAGACCUAGUUGCUUAAACACUGAGUGGUACAUCUUAAUUCUAAAAUUCAAACCACAUUUAAAUUUACUAAAAUACUUAAUCUUAUUUUAAUAUACAAAAUAGCCUAUGAGAGGAAAACAGAAGAGAGAAGCCUUUGCCUUAUCUCUUGUCCCUUCUCUCUUACCUUUAUUUUAAUUUUCAAAUAUUUCUUUUUGCUCUCAAAGCAAACGACGUCUUGUCAAUCCACUCAAGCCACCCAACUUCUUCAUUAUUGUUAAUCUCUCUCUCUUUCUCUCUUUCUCUCUUUCUCUCUUCUUCUCUCUUUCUCUCACACCUUUUUUCUAAUUUCUUCUCUUCCAUGUCACUUCCUUGACGAAUUCUAUAUUCCUAGUUCGUUUUUUCUUCCUCACAUAUAUCAUUUUCAAUUUAUUUGGUUUUUCUUUGGGUGCAACUUCACCUCACAAUAUUUUUUCUUUCUUUUUUUUUUAUUUCGAGUUAGGCCUUUUUGAUUUCAUAGAUGAGUCGUCUAGUCAUCUGGAUUUGAUGUGGUUUUACUCUUACAGAGACCUUUGAUUGAAAUAAGAACAAAAGCAAGAAUACAUACAUCCUCUUCAUCUUGCACCCAUCCUUUUUAUUUUUUUAGGGUUUUGUUUUUUUUCUUUUUUUUUUUUUAAUUUUAUCCCAUCAAUUUUUAUAUUCUUCUCUUUCUCUCUCUCAAGUUUUACUCAUCUGGGUAUGGAAGAAUACCAGCAUGACAACAGCUCCACUCCUCAAAGAGUAAGUUUCUUGUACUCUCCUAUCUCUUCUUCCAACAAAAACAAUAACACAAGCGAUAACAACAGCAAUAAUAGUAGCAAUUAUGGUCCUGGUUACAAUAAUACUAAUAACAACAAUCAUCACCACCAACACAUGUUGUUCCCACAUAUGAGCUCUCUUCUCCCUCAAAAUACCGAGAAUUGCUUCCGAUCCGAUCAUGAUCAACCCAACAACAACAACCCAUCUGUUAAAUCUGAAGCUAGCUCCUCAAGAAUCAAUCAUUACUCUAUGUUGAUGAGGGCCAUCCACAAUACGCAAGAAGCUAACAACAACACCAAUAAUGAUAACGUAAGCGAUGUUGAAGCCAUGAAGGCCAAGAUCAUUGCUCAUCCUCACUACUCUACCCUCCUACAAGCUUACUUGGACUGCCAAAAGAUUGGAGCUCCACCUGAAGUGGUUGAUAGAAUUACGGCCGCACGGCAAGACUUCGAGGCUCGACAACAGCGGCCAACACCGUCUGUGUCUGCCUCCUCUAGAGACCCGGAAUUGGAUCAAUUCAUGGAAGCAUAUUGUGACAUGUUGGUUAAAUAUCGAGAGGAGCUAACACGGCCCAUUCAAGAAGCAAUGGAGUUUAUACGUCGUAUUGAAUCUCAGCUUAGCAUGUUGUGUCAGAGUCCCAUUCAUAUCCUCAACAAUCCUGCAGAUGGGAAAAGUGAGGGAAUGGGAUCAUCAGACGAAGAACAAGAGAAUACCAGCGGAGGGGAAACAGAAUUACCGGAAAUAGACCCGAGGGCGGAAGAUCGGGAACUCAAGAACCACUUGCUGAAGAAGUAUAGUGGAUACUUAAGCAGUUUGAAGCAAGAACUAUCCAAGAAGAAAAAGAAAGGUAAACUUCCCAAAGAAGCACGGCAGAAGCUUCUCACGUGGUGGGAGUUGCAUUACAAGUGGCCGUAUCCUUCUGAAUCAGAGAAGGUGGCGUUGGCGGAAUCAACGGGGUUAGAUCAGAAACAAAUCAACAAUUGGUUCAUAAACCAAAGAAAGCGUCACUGGAAACCGUCUGAAGACAUGCAGUUCAUGGUGAUGGAUGGUCUGCAGCACCCACACCACGCAGCUCUGUACAUGGAUGGUCAUUACAUGGGCGAUGGACCUUAUCGUCUUGGUCCAUAAGACAUCCAAAAGCGUUAGCCACAAAAUAACAACUUCUUGUUGCUUUCUUGUUACAAUUUAUGUUUUGAACUCCCCUACAUCACUUUUCUACUUAUAGCUCUAUUGGUUUUACCCGUUUUGUAAUGUAUUAUGUCGUUCGGGGACAGAGAUCCCUUCAAUUUAUUUUCACUUUCUUUUUUGUGUAUUUAUUUUUAGUAAUGUUUUAUUUGAUAAAGUGUGAAAAGAAAAUGGUAUUUUGCAAAA